GAAGCUGAGCGACCCCCAAAGAAGAAGACACGCCGAAAUACCACACCGGAGGAGAGUGAAGAAAGUUAUGAUGAAGAUGUAGAUUUCGAGGUUCAAGAUGAUUCCUCUGCGGAGGAUUCAGACGCCGAAUAUCAAGCACCGACAAAAGAUAACAACGAGAGUGACCGCCGCUCCACGUCAAAAUCAUCGACGAGUAUUCACCGAGCUGAGGACUUUGAUAGCGACGCGUUGGAUGAGGAAGACCAAGACAUUGGCUUGGACUAUCACGCCAACUCGCCUGCUAAACGGAAAUAUAAGUCAAACUCUGGAAGUCCUGAUCCCGUCACUCCCCCUAAAUCUCGUGUUGUCUCCAAGUUGUCUUCAAUGACACCUUCACGGAGAACACCGGCGAAGAGAGGCAUCCAGCAGGACAAAACCACGCCUGUCAAGAAGCGAAAGCGCGUUGAUGAGGACGAGAGCGAAGGCGUAGAGGACUCUUCGGAUGAGAGUUCUAACGUGAAAGUCGUGGGCAAGAUCGUCCAAGCACCUACCACUGGGCGAGUUCCCCCCGGCCAAAUAUCUCGUAACACGUUGAACUUCCUCCGCAAUCUUACUAACCCGAAGUGCAAUGAUAGGGAGUGGUUCAAACUGCAUGACCCUGUCUUUCGUCUAGCUGAAAGGGAAUGGCUCGACUUCAUUGAUAGCCUAAUAGCCAAGAUUAUCGAAAUUGACGACGAAAUACCGCCGUUACCGGCUAAAGAUGUGGUCCAUCGCAUUUACCGUGACGUCCGGUUCAGUAAUGACAAGACUCCGUACAAGACAGGUUUCUCGGCCAGCACGUCAAGGUCUGGAAGGAAAGGAAUUUUCGCUGGAUUCAAGGCAAAUGGGGAAAGUCUUGUGGCCGCUGGACUAUGGGCACCUGAGAAAAACGAGCUUUCGACCCUGAGACAUAACAUCCUUACUAAUGCGACACCACUUCGGGAUAUUGUCUCGGCGCCCGAGUUUGUGGAGCUGUUCGGUGAACCAAAGCCUCACCCAAAGGGACUCAGGAGGAAUGUGUUCGGUGGUGAGGAUGAACUGAAAGUGGCACCGAAAGGAAUUAGCAAGAGUCAUCCGGAUAUUGAUCUUCUGAAGUUAAGGAGUGUGGCUGUCGUGAAGCGGUGGUUCAUUGAUCGAGUUAUGGAGAUCAUAGAGGUCAUGAGACCUUUGGUUCGCUGUCUAAAUGACAUGAUCACGAUCCAGGAUAAUGACUCUGACUAAACCACUUGAAUGUUCUUCGAGUUGUAAUAUCCUGGAGGUCUACGCUUUCACGUUUGUUUUGCCAUU